AUGUCUAUUAAUAUCUGUAGAGACAACCAUGAUCCAUUCUACCGUUACAAAAUGCCUCCCAUCCAGGCCAAGGUGGAAGGUAGAGGUAACGGUAUCAAGACCGCAGUCUUGAACGUUGCUGACAUCUCCCACGCGUUGAACAGACCCGCUGCAUACAUAGUAAAGUACUUCGGUUUCGAAUUAGGUGCUCAAACUUCCAUUUCCGUUGACAAAGAUCGUUAUCUCGUUAAUGGUGUUCACGAACCUGCCAAGUUGCAAGACGUGUUGGACGGGUUCAUCAACAAGUUCGUUCUUUGUGGAAGUUGUAAAAAUCCAGAAACAGAGAUCGUCAUUACCAAGGAUAAUGAUCUGGUCAGGGACUGCAAGGCCUGUGGUAAGAGAACUCCAAUGGACUUGAGACAUAAACUAUCAUCUUUCAUUUUGAAAAAUCCUCCUGAUUCAGUUUCUGGUUCCAAGAAAAAGAAGAAGGCUGCAACAGCUUCCGCUAAUGUCCGUGGUGGUGGGUUGUCCAUUAGUGAUAUUGCUCAAGGUAAAUCUCAAAACGCUCCUUCGGAUGGUACUGGUUCAUCCACUCCACAACAUCAUGACGAGGAUGAAGAUGAAUUGUCACGUCAAAUCAAGGCUGCUGCCUCCACUUUAGAAAACAUCGAAGUCAAAGAUGACGAAUGGGCCGUUGAUAUGUCUGAAGAGGCCAUUAGAGCUCGUGCCAAGGAAUUAGAAGCUAACUCUGAGCUUAACCAAUUAGAUGAAUACGGUGAAUGGAUCUUAGAACAAGCUGGCGAAGAUAAGGAAAAUCUACCAUCUGAUGUGGAACUUUACAAGAAGGCCGCAGAACUAGAUAUUCUAAAUGAUCCAAAAAUCGGUUGUGUCCUUGCCCAAUGUCUAUUCGAUGGAGAUAUCGUAAACGAAGUCGCCGAACACAAUGCAUUUUUCACUAAAGUUUUGGUUUCUCCAGAAUACGAAAAGAACUUCCUGGGUGGUAUUGAAAGAUUCUUAGGUCUAGAACACAAAGAAUUGAUUCCAUCAUUACCUAAGAUUUUGGUUCAACUAUACAACAAUGAUAUCAUUUCAGAAGAAGAAAUCACGAAAUUCGGUACCAAGUCAUCUAAGAAAUUUGUACCUAAGGAAGUAUCUAGGAAAGUUCGUAAGGCUGCUAAACCAUUCAUUACAUGGUUAGAAACUGCCGAAAGUGACGAUGAUGACGACGAAGAAGGCGACGAAUAG